AUGGAUUCUCUUUCUUCUUCUACUUCGACAAGGAUGAAGAACAACAACAAGCCUCUCGUUAGAGCUUUCCAUCUCUGCGACAACGAUAUUUGUGUGAUACAUUACGACCGUGAAGGAAACCUCGUCAACACUUACCCUGAAGAUCAGUGCCAAGUUAAACACAUUGUCGAGAGGUAUAGGAAUUUGAGGGACGGAGAAAAAAUCAAGAAAAAACCAAUCUUUCACAGUUCUAUAACAAGAAACUCGUUGACGAGAAGAGGAGAUCUCUUACGGACGCAGAGGAACGCAAAAGGUUCACUAAGAAAGUUGGAGAGUUCAAGAGUUCCUUGGAACAAAGUUACAGAUAGUAAAAGACAGGGAUCAUCAUUAACGAAUCUUCUCAUGAGUGGUGAUGCGUCCGGUUCCUCCAAUGAUCGGAGUAAAUUCUCAAUUUUUCUGUUUAACCAUGAAACCGCUACGUUUACUCCACUUCCCAACUCUGUUUCUUCAAGCUUUGACCAAGGGUUGACUCCGUGUAGCAACAACCUCAUUACGGCUUCACAUGGGGCACAAGGGUUCAACUUUGGGUGCAGCAACAAUCUCAACACACAAGCUUUAACUUUGGUGCAACAACAAUCUCUGUACAUGACUGAGCACUUUGGUGAAUGCACUUCAACCUCGUUUAUAUCCUCACAGACACCACAUUGGAACCCUUCUUGA